UUUUCAUUUUCCUUAGCUGACGAAAUGCCGGAACCGGAUCACUUUGAACCCACCACCAUGGUCGUCGGUCACCUUUUUCGGCUCUCCCUUUCUAACCUGACGUUCACGUUCACCAGUCAGCACUUUCAAGCCGUCACUGUUGUUGUGAGUUUAGAUUGAACUUAAGUCAUCAUAGUAGCUACUUUCCGUCUUUCCAAGUCGAUCUCUUUCAGAGUUUCAGAGUCUUCACUGAUCCAAGAAAUACCCGAUUGGAACAAUAAGGAGGCCCCUAAAGCGAUUUUACAUAACUACAAGGUCGUUUGUUAUCUUAACCAUGAGGAAAGAAGAAGUGAAUCGGUGCCAGAUUCAGGAAUGGUACCCAAAAUUCAAGUCUGUAUCUAUAAGAACUAUAAUUCAUGAGCUUCCAGAAUCUUUUGUUGAGUACCUUGUUGAUGAUUUAGGACCCUUUAUCCUCCCCAUUUCUGUCUCUAAUGAAGAUGCUUUACCAAAUAGAAUUCAUAAUCCUAUAGAUGAAGAGGAUUAUCAAGUGUCAGAAGGGUCUGGAGAUGAAGCAGAGCAACCUAUGUCACCCCCAUCUUUCCCUGAGCUUGCAUUGAAGAUUAAGGAAUCAAUUGAAAUCCUUGGGGGUGCAGUUUUUCCUAAGCUUAACUGGAGUUCCCCAAAAGACUCUGCUUGGAUUAGCACUUCUGGAACCCUCUGCUGCACUUCAUUCAGUGAGAUUGCACUAUUGCUGCGGUCAUCUGAUUCACUGGUCCAUGAUUUAUGCUAUGCCUAUGAUUCAUGCAGCGACAAAACCUUGUCAAGACCCCCAAGUUUCUUCCUUGCACUCCGCAAGUGGUAUUCAUCUUUGUUGCCUGAGAUGGAAAUCCGUUGUUUUGUUUGGGGUCAUCACCUUGUUGGAAUCUCACAGCGCGAAGUCACUACAUUUUAUCCUGUUCUCCUUGAGAAGAAAAGUAAUCUUCAAUUGCUGAUUGAAAAUUUUUUUAUGGAUAAAGUGAGGUUCAAUUUUGAGUCAGAGAAUUACACAUUUGAUAUUUAUGUCACCAAGGAUGAGUGUGUUAAAAUUGUGGAUUUUAAUCCUUGGGGUGCAUUUACACUUCCAUUGCUGUUCACUUGGGAGGAAUUAGAGCAGAAUGUGAGAGAGGAGAACAGUGUGGACUUCAGAAUUGUGGAGAGCCAAUGUGGAAUUCGGCCAGGGCUGAAAACAGCAGUUCCACUGGAUUAUUUGGAUACUAGUCCAGGGAGUGGGUGGGAUCAAUUCCUGAGGAAAGUUGAUGCAGAGUUCAAGCAACAGGAAAUUACUCCUACAGGUGGAUCUGAUGCUUGAAGAUUUCAGAGGCAUUUUUCCUUUUUCAGUUGAUUCAGCAUUCAGGAAAAAAACUUGCGGUUUUCUGGCUGUUCCUCCCAACAAUGCAUUUUACAAGGAAAAAUUUGUGGUUUUCUACUACAAUAUUAUAUGGGCUUUGCAUCUUUUACAUACCUGCAGUCUGCAGACUUCUUUUUUUUUUCUUUUUUCUUUUUUUUGGCAUGGAUUCUUUGGGUUUGCUAGGAAUCUAGGUACGACUCGUAAUAAUGUAUUAAACAUGUAUACUCUCUGAACAUAGGGAAUAAGGAACCUAAUCUGAUAAUAUUAGUUUAUCAUAUGAUUAAUUGAGACUGAGAAAACAUGAAUUAACAGAGAGUCUAAAGAAAAUUAAGUAGAAGCUUUACCAUAAAAAAACAAAAGCAUCAAAUAAUAUUAUUUGUUAAUAUUCUCUUAUACCAUUAUCUGCUCUUUUAGCAAUACAUUUAAAGAAGUCAUUAUAUAAAGCUGCCCAAAAUACUUCAAGAAGAUAUUGAUCAAGUUAAGAGGAUACUGAAUGAAUGACCCAUGAUUAGCAUUGUAUUGAUGAUUGACAAAGGUAUAUUGACAUUGCUAAUACAUGUUAAACAGGUCAUCUUUUGAAUGUUGAGGCCAGAGCUGUAGUUGAUGCAGAGAACAGAAUGGAUAACGUAUGACUUCCUGGUUAUCCUCUAUGCAGGUUUUCAAGACAAGGAUAAAGUAGACAAACUUUGGAAAUCCUUCAGAAUGAAUGACUAGCCAAAAAAUAACAAACAGAAACUUCAUUUGCAUCCUAUCUUGAUAUCUGAUGCUUGGACAUUUGAAAGAAGCUGGAGAAGUUCUUGAUCGGUGGAAACAGUCAACCACUAGAGACUUUGAUGAUGCAUUAUCAGGCACUGGAUUAACUGGAAUUACGAACCAGUCCCAUGGUCUUCUGAUUGAGAGGAAUUCUGAUCCUUCCAAUAAAACAAAAUGAUUGUAGAAGUAUGCUGCAAUGGGCAGGAAUAUCAUUGAUAUGUCUUUGAACAUUCAGGAGAAAGAAUAAACACUAUUGCAAAUGUUGAUGUGUGAUCCUCACUCGGAAAUAUUGCCUGGCCCGAAGAGUGCAGAAGACUGCUAACAAGGUCCACAUGUUGAGCUUGAGGAUGCCUCCAGAAUGGCUUGAUCCUCUUUCAGUUUGUAUUUCACGUGGAUCCUCUUUUUGGUGCAUACGCCACCUUCAUGCAAUCUGAAAUCUCAAAGUUAGAAGUCAAACAAAGGCAAAGCAAUAAAAACAUGGACAUAUGAAAGAUGGGAAAAAAUAAAACAAAUUAAGACUAUGUUCAUUUGUACAAAAUAAUUUGUAUUUAAAAAAUAUUUUUUAUGAAAAAUAUUUUUUUAUAAUUCUUAAUUUUA